AUGAUGGAUCAAUUCUUCUGUGAAAUGCCCGAGCUGCUCAAGCUCUCCUGCUCUGACAUGUACCUUGGGGGGAGGAAUGGGCAGGGGGAUGGGGGAGGUCUGUGUCGGGGUUUCCUCCCGCAUUUCCUCUCCCCCUCACUCCCCGGUGGUCUCCCCCUCUGCACUAACCUCUGUGUUUCCAUUGCAGCUCCCCUAUCAGCCCCCACACUCUCUCUGCACCCCCCACACCCAGAGUUCUUUGAGGGGGAGCGUCUGACACUCAGGUGCUCGGCUCCCAGGGCUGCAGAGCCGACGGGGUACCGGUUCUUCGACCAAAGUGGGGAGCGGCUCUUCAAAACACCCCCUGAUCUCUACAGGGAAGGCCAGCUCCAUCUCACAGCUCAGCUGGCCACCACCGGGGCCUACAGUUGUGCAUACUGGAGGGGGGCAUCUGGGCAAGAAACCCCAUCUGAGAAGAGCCAGCCCGUCUCCGUUCAAGUGAAGGAUGCUCCUGCGGCCCCAUCCCUCUCCUUGAAUCCCCGGCGCCGGGUGUACCGUGCUGGUGACUCCGUGGGACUCGUGUGUUCAGCACCCCCUUCAGUGGACAGGGUUAAAGGUUUCCAGUACUUUGGAGAUAGAAUAGCUGUGUUAGCGCUGGCUUCAUCCAAGAAGAACUAUACCUACAACUUGAACAUCACUGGACCAACGGUAUUUGGGUCAUACAGCUGUUCAUACUGGGUACGUCUGUCCGGACGGAAUGUCCCAGCCAGGAGGAGUGAGCCAGUGGUCAUCAGCAUGAGAGGCAGCUGGUCCCGGGAGUUGGCCGUGGGGGGCUCAUUCUUCACCCUCAACUGCCUCAUCUUCCUCGUCACCUACUUCCUGAUGAAGUGCGAAGGUUCCUAAGAGAAUCACAGGAUGGACAUCCAAGCCCGAAGAAGAACCUCCAAAGGUCUUUAGCAUGAAUCUUUCCAAGCUGUCUGUGAUGCCAAGGCCCAAUCAAUCUUCCCUGCCCCCUGCCUCAGUUUCCCCAUCUGACAAAUGAUGUUCAUGAUCUUCAUCUUCUAUGUGGGGUGUUGUGAAGCUUAACAUAUUUGCUUUGAAUAUUCUGCAGGUC